GUUUGCCGCAUGGAAGUCGCCCAGGUUAGGCUGAAAAUCAUCUCUCCCAUCCGGACGUUGUCCCCCCCCACCCCCCACCCCCAUCUCUUCCCAUUUUCUUCAUUCUGCUUUCCGAGCGCAGACGCAGCAACACAGUUAGAUUUAACCGGGAUUCUCCGGGAUAGAACGGCAUCCAUCUGCUGGAGGACUAAAAGGGAGAGUCUGAGUCUCGGCAUCAUUCCAGCAGAGAGGAGGAAAAAGAGGAGGAAGAAAGGGGGCAUUUCUCACUCAGAUGUAACAAUCUGAUGAUCGUCAAGUGCGCAAAAGCCGCUGCUUGAAACAUUACGCACGGUCAGUUGUUUCCACUUUCUAUUUAUUCUCCCUUUUCCUCCCUCCUCCCCCUCUCCAUUCCCUGCACGGACAGACCUGGGGUCGGCUGUUUGCAGGGGGACCUCCAUGGUGUCUGAUUUUGCCAAGCGACCCACCGGGAGGCUUGGAACUGAGAGAACCCGUCGCCCUAGUGGAAUAUUAACCACCUAAACCCGAAAGCAGCCCAGGGGGAUGCUGCAGCAGAGUUUGGGACUCUAGAGAGCUUCCCAACUUUUUGGGGGGAAGGCUUCUAGUCUCGUUUCCUCCGCCGUCUCCGCUGGUGGGACUUCUGUUUGGUUUGCGCCUCCUGAGUAAAUCCAUCAUGGACCAGUCGACGUCUUUGGAUAUAGAAGCGCUCAAGAUGACCCAGGAGCAGUACAUCCUAGCAGCUCAGCCAAACCCGCUCCACCAGCGAGGAGCUUCCGAGUGCAGUGGCCAGGUUUACCCCGCAGUCGGCAUCUAUGGCUGGAGGAAGAGGUGCUUGUACUUCUUCAUCCUUCUACUUCUUGUCACCAUGAUUGUCAACUUGGCGCUGACCAUCUGGAUCCUCAAAGUCAUGAACUUCACACCGGAUGGCAUGGGGAACAUGCGAGUCACCAAGGAAGGAGUCAGAUUGGAGGGAGUGUCGGAAUUUUUAUUGCCUUUAUAUGUCAAGGAGAUCCAGUCACGAAGGGACAGUCCACUGAUCCUCCAGUCAGACAGAAAUGUGACCAUAAAUGCAAGAAAUGAUCAGGGACAACUGACUGGUCAGCUAACUGUGGGUUCAGAGAUGGUGGAGGCCCAGUGUCAGAGGUUCGAGGUGAGGAGUGCCGAUGGUGAGAGGGUGUUGUUCUCAGCAGAUGAAGAAGAGAUCAGCAUCGGGACGGAAAAACUUAAAGUCACAGGCAGUGAAGGAGUGGUGUUCAGCCAUUCUGUAGAGACUUCACAUGUAAGGGCAGAACCUUUCCAAGAUCUAAAGCUGGAGUCCCCAACUCGAACCUUGACCCUGGAGGCUCCCAGAGGGGUGGAGAUCAGUGCCGGAGUGGGAGACUUCACAGCUUCCUGUAGAAAAGACCUCAUAUUGCAGUCUUCAGAUGGAGAGAUCUUUCUAGAUGCCAACACCAUCAAGCUGGGCAAUAUUCCCCUCGGUAGCUCUGUAGACCCACUGGAAGGGGCACCUGCAGGCACCACCUACACCAAACAGACUGUGUACGAGCUGUGCGCCUGUGCUAACGGCAAGCUCUACCUGUCCCCAGCGGAGAAAGGCUCCACCUGCCAAACCACCAGUAACUUUUGUCUCUGGAGCUGAAAAUGAGAGGCUUUUAAGAAACACAGACUGAAGAGUUUGAAGCUAAUGCUAGCCAACAGACUACAGAAUCAUCAUGGAUUAUAUGUUGGAUACACGCUGAGGCCAGCUAAAAGGCAGAAUCAACACGGAAAAACGCAUGGCAAGAAGUUCAUGCACGUUCAGCAAUCAAAUGGUAUUGUAGCUGAUGGUUGCUAAGAGACUGAAUCGACAAAGGCUGUGGCUUCAUACAAAACUAAUGCAAGCUAGAGGACUGAAUCAACAUGGACUACAGUCUGUGUGAGGCCAUAGCCAGCACUCCAACCAAAUGAAUAAGGAUUGGUCUGUGGCCAAUGCCAGUAAAAAGGAUGGAUGACUUGACACAAAAGGUUUUGUACUAGAACAACUCCUGGACAAAACGAGCGGUCUUGUUCUGGGGGUCGUGCUGGUUGUCUGCCCCUUUUAGUUACAGCCAGAACAGUUUGAAAGUCAGAUUUUGCUCUUGGGAUUUGUUUUUUGUGUUCACUGUUUGACCAAAACCUCCCUGAAAAUGAGCUUUUCUCUUCCUUCUUACGUUUUGUUUGUUUUUAAAACGAUUGUGGACUUUCAAUUCUACCAGGAAAUGGAUGGAAUUAACUUAUCAGUUGGCUGUGGUACCAGACAAGAGUGAACAUGUUGGCUUAGCCCGAUGGGUAGCUAAGAACUAAAUCAGACAAUGACUUUGUCUUGUGGGAAGCUGACGCUACCUAACGGACCAAUCUAUACCAGAAAGGCCUUCCCCCUCUUCCCUUCCCUACACUAUUUCAAACCAACAUUGUUACAGGAUGUGAUCCUUCUGCAUUAGUCUAAACUUGAUAGUGACAGUGUCCUUCAACCCACUUUUUAUUCAAUAACUAAUGCAAGUAAUUGUGCUUAAACCUUGGAUUCACCUGCUAUGUUUCCUUUAUAAGUUUUCAGAUCUUUUAUGUCCACUUAUAUCUUUUGAGUUCUUUUCCCCAAAGUAAAAAAAAAAGAAGUUGUUUUUUUUUCCUUUUAUCAGUUGAGUGCCUCCAAAAGCUUGAAUCUCACUGGGUCUCAGAUGUUGAUGAAAUAAUGCAAACAUCAUUUAUGGAAGAGUUUAGAAAAUAUCUAAACAUUUUUGCAAAGGUUUGUGUACGUCACUGAAAUUUUUUAGUACAUUUGGGAAAUCUUUGGGAAAACAAUUGCCACUGUUUUUGAAACUCAUCUGGUACUUUUUCAAAUAAGUUUCAGUGACUCUGAAAUUGCCAAGAGUAUGAGACCCUGUACACACGUAGCCGUGGAUCCUACGAAAGGAAGAUACUUUGUCACGGUUUGGCUUGUUAUCCACGUGAAAGUGAAGAUACCACCCCAAAAUUUUAUUUCAAUAAAAUCUGAUCAAUGUGGAGACUUUUGAAUUCUCCAUUGUCAGCAUCUGCGUCAUUUAAUUUUUUUUGACAAUAAAAACCACAACAUCUCUAAUCGUAACCCGACACCCGUGACAAAAGUGCUCUGACAUCACAUGAGCGACCUGUGUUUACUUGCACUUGUUUUUACAAGAUCAAACACUUCUCUACAGGAGGAUCUCUUGUCAAUGUUUGUAAUUAUCACAUUGCAUCACGGGAUUGUGUGGCAAGAAACAACGUAUUUUGAAUAUAAUUAUAAUGUUUUGCACAUACGGAGGAUUUAGCAAAGCAGAUGGAUCAUUCUUGCUGUGUGGUUGAUUGUUCGGCCCGUGGGAGGCUUUUAGUGGAAUUUCCUCUGUAAACAACUGCAAAAUACGAAAGAGAUGAUAGCGAACAACCUGCACUCUCUGAAGAAAGCCUGGAUUCCUGCAGUAUCAGGCAGUUUGAGGCUAAUUUUGUUCAUGGUGUUUCCUUGUGACUCAGCAUUUUUUUUAUUAGAGAAAAUGUUUUUGAAUUGAAUUGAAUUGAAUUUUUUAAUCAUCUUCGUGUAUUUUUAAAUUCACCGAGUCAUAUUGUUUUCGCAGUUGGAUUCAGGAGUCUCAACCUGCGAUCACUGUACUAAUAAAUAAAUAAAGAAAUAAGAACACUGAUUAAUGAGGACUUACCCAGCUUUGUGGUCACAGUGAAGCUUUAUCCGUUUUCUUUGACCACCACCCACAGCUGAUGUAAAUAACGCUGUUGCUCUGCUCAUUAGGGGCUGACUCCUACUAAUAGCAUGACCACGGCUUUCUGUUUUAUCGAAGAGAUCGGUACAACUUUCCUUGAAAAAAAAAUCGUAGGCCCCCAUACUUUUGAAAGCCUUUAAGUGUUCAUGAGUGAGGGCUCCAGGGCUUUCUAUUAAUUGGGAAUAAAUGUCUCCCCAGCAGAUUUGUGGCCAAGACAUCAGUGAAUCGGACCAAAGUUCUUUGUCAUCCCAGACCUCAUAUGGAACUUGAAUAACUUAAAUUUUGUCAUCGAUACGGAUUUUAGGCCAUUCUCUAAACCUCCUUGCGUCUUCAGAUGUUAAAGUCCUUGUGUAUUGGGGAUUUUGCCCGCAAACUCUCUUGCCACAUCUUUGUUAGGAAAAAAUGUCUCACCAGCAGAUAUGAAGAAAAAACAUCAGCACAUCAGACCAAAAUUUGUCAUCAUCCCAGAGCUGAAACAAGCUUUUAAUAACUUGAAAUUUGUCUUCAAUUCAGAUUUUAGGCUUUUCUCUAAGCAUCAGUCUUUAGAUGAUAUUUUAUAUAUUGGGGAUUUUGCUUGCAAACCUUCUUGAAAGUGUACGUUACGUAUUGAUAGCAGUGUGUUUUGCCACACAGCCACUAGCACUUUCACACAAUGAUGAAAAAAUAUGUGAACAAAGAUCCUCCUAUUUUAGAAGACCACAGGCUAGGAAAAACUUUACGGACUGUUAUUCCCUGCCCCCAGUUUAUAUUACGUCCAGCAAGCAUUUUGACACUGACAAUUGUCAGCUGCCUACAAGCUUGGGAUUCCUAUGAAUGUGCCAAAAACGUUUUUUCUCAAACGGUGGUGGAGUGGACCCAGGUUUUUUUCCUAGAUGGGUGAUGGAAGAUUAACAAAAACACGGCUGCAUGUGCACAUGGCCUGAGAAAUUUUUCAGGUGGGCCAUCAUAUAACACAAUCUUUACUGGUUAGAAAUAAAUAAUUAUCUUGUGAUUUUACUGUCGGACAGAAACAUUAUGACUUGCCAUGUUUUGUAGUUUUUACUCAUAAAAGUACCAAGUCUGUGCAUUUCCAACUAAUCUUGCAGCUCAGUGAGAUACCUGCUUUAGUCUUUCCACAAUUUGUUUCAGCUCUUUUUUUUAUGUCCUCAAAGAUUUUUCUUCUGUCUAUGCACCUUUUUGAACUUGGCUGAUAAGAAAAUAUAAUUCUAUUUAUACAUCAAUGUCUGCCAAAGUAGGGAAAAACAUUUAAACUGGUCUGUCUGCAUUGCCACUGGACUGGUAUAACUAUCUAUCUUUGAUAUUAUAGUUGUACAUUUUGCAGAAAUGUCCCUUUCCUCGCUGUUGUUUGUUUCGAUUAUGAACAUUUUCAUUUGGGUAAAUGAUGCUGUUUUCUACCACAUAAGAGAAAAUUAUUUACAAAAAACAACAAAGCAAAUGAAUCAUAUAUCCAGGAUUGUUGUUUUAUCAAAGGACAUGUUGCUGUCUGGCCGAGGUAAACUCAUUGCACAACAGAUCCAUUUAGUAUUUUACAUCAUCAUCCGGUGUUUUUUCUCUGCAACAUUUUUUUACACAUUGUAUGAAAACCUUUUUGCUCUCAUUAAAAGCCACUUUCUCUUUCUUCUCAAACACUUUUUCUAAAUUUUGCUCACUUUUCUUUUCAGUCUUUCCUCACCUUUGAACUCCUCUCCCUUCUCUUGACUUUGUUCCAUCAGUAAAAAGUCAUUCUGCCUUCUUGUCACAUCUUUCAUCUUUUACCCAUCAAUCACUAAAUGACACAUCUUGAUGUUAUUUCCACAUCCUAUUUGUUACAUCCUCCUUCCUGACUCUCCUCCUGACAUCCCACGCUAUCAGGAAAUCUAUCCCCCUAUUCUCACAUCACAAUUCUUUUCAGAAACAACUGAAUCUUAAUAAGAUGUUAGUUUAACAUCUGGGGUCAGAGUAAUGUCCUCCAGUCUCCUGACACAAAACCCAAUCUUUGCAAUAGCUGAAGUUCAGAGUAAAUCUGCAUAUCUGUAUGGUAAUAACCUUCUGAGAGAAUCAGUGGAUGGAUUUUGGUUGUUUGUGAAUGGAACAAGGCCCUGAGGCAUUCUUUCUUUGAAAACAAAGUUAUCCACAGGUGCCUUUGCUGCUGUUGGUAAAAGCACAUCACAAACUGAAGAUUCACACUACCCUCAGUGGACCAUCUGCAAGUGUCUCUGAACUAUCUCCUAUCAACCAACCUACCUAUCUGUUUGGUUCUUUGUUUUUAUUUUAGUUUUUCCUGCCUUUAUAUCUUCAGUUUUAAAGAACUUUCCGAAUAUCCAACAGAAAAUGAAGAACAGUUCUGUCCUGGUUUAAAUGUUCAGUUUUAACUUUUUGAUCUUUUCCCUUAUGGUUUUAUUCUUGAUGAUUAAAAAAGCACAAAUAAUGCCAUGUAUAUAACAAUACCAAUAAAAUACAAUAAUAAAAAUAUUGUUUUUAAAGAGAA